AUGAGGACAGCUGUCCUCUUGAGCCUCCUGUUUCACAUUGCGGCUGCUUUUCACCAAAUACAUUACCUGGUGGUGAUCCCUGCAGAUCUCCGUUACCCAUCCACCCAAGUUGCCUGCCUCCAUAUCACCUGUUACGAAGGAAAGCUUCAAGUGAAUCUGAUCCUGGAGCGCUCUGCAGGACAUGAUCUCUUGGUGCAAGAAACCAUCCAGAAGGAGAAGACUUUCACAUGCACUAAGUUCUGGGUUGCACCUCCAGCUGAUGGCACAGAGGAAAUUGCCACUGUCAAACUGAUCAUCAGAGGCGAAGGGGUCAGCAUUGAGGAGAAGAAAAAAGUUCUGAUCCGCAAGGCUAGCUGUGGCACCUUCAUCCAAACAGACAAGCCCAGCUACCAACCAGGGCAGACAGUGAAAUUUCGCAUCGUGACUCUGGAUGAGGAAUUCAUUGCACUCAACGAUUCAAUUUCCCUGUUUCUCCAGGACCCUAAGAACAACCGGAUAGAGCAGUGGCUGAAUGUGGUCCCCCAAGACGGCAUUGCAGAUCUGUCUUUCCAACUAAGUGAUGAGCCUCUGCUGGGGACAUAUGUCAUCAACGUAACCAGUGCAAAAGCAUAUGGCAGCUUCUCCGUUGAGGAGUAUGUGCUGCCAAAAUUUGAAGUGAUCUUUGAGGUGCCAAAUCAGAUAUAUGCACUAGAUAAAACCUUCCCGCUCCGCGUAUGUGGCAGAUACGCUUAUGGGAAAAGCGUCCAGGGGAUGGUUCAUGUGAGCCUUUGUCAGAAGAUAGCUCCGUUCCUGCCCAGUGCUUCAAAACCUGAUCUCUGUCAGGAAUUCAACAACCAGACAGACAAGAUGGGUUGCUUCUCCACAAAUGUGAGUCUGUCCUCCUUCAGUCCAGACUUUCGGUACUAUCAGGACAGCAUAGUUGCAGAGGCCUUGCUGGUGGAGGAUGGCACAGAGAUACAUGUCAAUGCUUCCCAUAAAUUACUCAUCUCCAAGAUUGGUGGGAUGGCCUUGUUUGAAGAUGUGAAUUCUUACUACCACACUGGAGAGAUGUACAGGGGCAAGAUUAAAGUCAUUGACUACCAAGGCAAGGCACUGAAGCACAAAAAAGUCCUCCUCGUAGUGAGCUGCAGUGAGCAGCAUUUUAAGCAGAAGUACAUCACUGGGGACUCUGGUACAGCUUCAUUUAGCCUGAACACGACUGCUUGGAACAGCACCUCAGCCUCCCUGGAGGCAAGUGUCCUGCAUCAAGAUUUGGAUAGAGAGCCUGGGACAGUUGAUUUGAGUUACCAGCGAGCCUCUCAUUUCAUAAGUCCAUUCUACAGCACCAGCAGGAGUUUUCUCUCUAUUGUCCGUGUGCCGGAAACAAUACUCUGUGGUAAAAAGCAGGCUGUCCAGGUGGACUUCAGAAUUUAUCAGGAGGACCUGGAACAUGGGCCCAAGCGUGUUGUUUUCUCCUACUUUGUCACAGGGAAAAGAGGGAUAGUCCAUGCAGGUCAGAAGACUGUUUGGGUUGGGCUGCCAAGAAUGCUGAAAGGCUUCUUCUCCAUCCCUCUUACCUUCAGUUCGAUCUAUGCCCCAGCUCCAAGACUUGUUGUUUAUGUUAUCUUCCCUAAUGGAAAAAUCAUUGCUGAUUCUACCAUCUUCAGUGUCUCCAUGUGUUUCAGAAAUAAGGUGAGUCUGGGCUUCUCAACGCCGGAGACUCUUCCUGAUUCAGAGGUUGGUCUGCAUCUGCUGGCAGCUCCUGGGUCCACGUGUGCUGUCUGGGCUGUGGAUCAGAGUGUCCUUUUGCCGAAGCCAGGAAAAGAGCUCAGCAGCUCCUUGAUCUACGGGCUGUUCCCAUCUGUUUAUAACUCCAGGUACCCUCGCGUAGUGUCUGAAGAUGAUCAGUCAUGCGGGUUCCCAAAUUCUGAUGAGCCUGAUGUGUUUACAGCAUUCAUGGAUAUGGGGUUGAAAAUUAUGUCCAACACCAAUAUCAGGAAACCCAGAGUGUGUCCAAGCACUCCAUUGACAACUAUGCUGCUGGAAACAGAAAUGUUUACUUCCAGGCCCAUGUCGAUGUUUGCCCAGCCCCAUAAAGCAUAUAACAGUAAGCAUUUGCCAGCUCAUCUGACAUCUACCUAUCAGACUACUAUAUUUUCACCUGUUUCUUCAGCUGAAGAGAAAGUACACAAGCAUUUCCCCAAAACCUGGAUAUGGGAUUUGUAUUCUGUGGGUCCCAGUGGGAACAAGAAUGUCACUGUCACUGUGCCUGACACCAUCACAGAAUGGAAAGCAGGGAUGUUCUGCACAGGACGUAAUGGCUUUGGGCUUGCUCCAACCUCCAGUCUGCUUGUUUUCAAGCCCUUUCUUGUGGAGCUCACACUGCCAUCUUCUGUGAUCCAGGGUGAGACCUUCAUCUUGAAGGCCACAGUUUUCAACUACCUGCAGCGAUGCAUGAAGAUCCAAAUGACCCUGGAGGAGUUUGCACACUUCCAGCUGAAGCCAUGCAAAGGAUGUGUCUACAGCAGCUGCUUGUGUGCCGGUGAAGCUAAGACCUUUCAGUGGAGUGUCACAGCUGAGCAACUGGGGCUCAUGAACAUCACCCUCAGCACAGAGGCUGUGGCCACUGAAGAGCUCUGUGGUGAAGAGAUACCAUUUGUCCCAAACCAAGGACAGAAAGACACGAUCAUCAAACUCCUCCUAGUCCGGCCAGAGGGAGUGUUAGUAGAAAAGGUUCACAGCUCCAUCCUGUGUCCCGAAAAAGGGAAUCCAGCGCAGGAGUCUGUGUUCCUGAUGUUGCCUGUAAAGGUGGUUGAAGGUUCAGUCAGAGCCACCAUCUCAGUCACUGGUGACCUCAUGGGGACAGCACUGCAGAACCUGGACCACCUGGUGCAGAUGCCCCAUGGCUGUGGGGAGCAGAACAUGGUGCGCUUUACCCCCAUUGUCUAUGUGCUGCAGUACUUGGAGAAGACAAGGCAGCUGACCCCUGAGAUCAAGGAGAGGGCAACAGGAUUCCUGCGCAACGGCAAGUGUGGAUGGGGAAGUUCCCUUGGCUGCUUACAUCACUGCUGCGUACUUGGAGGCAGGAGAGACACCAGAGGUGGGCAGAUCCACUGGAGUCAGACCUCAUCCAAGCCCAGACCCAGCACCAGCCCUUGGUCACAGCCACUGUCUGUGGAUGUGGAGAUGACAGCCUAUAUCCUCCUGGCCCUGCUCUCCAAGCCAAAUGUCACAGGGUCUGAUCUCACCACAGCCUCUGGUAUCGUGGCUUGGCUCACCAGGCAGCAGAAUGCCUAUGGAGGGUUUGCCUCAACACAGGACACAGUAGUCGCCUUGCAGGCCUUGGCUAAGUAUGCAGUGCUUACGUACAGCACGAAAGGGGUUGCAGAAGUGAGGGUGAGAUCCCAGAGAGGCUUUGGGAGGAAGUUCCAAGUCUCCUACCAGAACCGGCUGUUGGUGCAGGAGGCGGCACUGACAGAAGUCCCGGGAAAGUUCUUGGUGCAGGCCCAUGGCAGCUGUUGUGUCUUUACCCGGAUGGUGCUGAGGUACAACACACCCUCUCCACAGGUCUCCACAUCCUUUGCCUUGCAAGUGAAAACCGAGCCAGUCAAUUGCACCGAGGAUGAUACACACUCUGUUACUGUCUAUGUCAAUGUCAGGUACACUGGGAAGAGGUCCACUUCCAACAUGGUUGUUGUGGAGGUGUCCCUACUGUCUGGAUUCGUUCUGGCUUCAGGAUCUGUGAUGUCUCUGCAGCAUUGGCACUCUGUGAAAAGAACUGAGAAAACACAAGGAGGUGUUGCCAUAUACUUGGACAAGCUGAGCCAUAAGUCUGAGACACACGUCCUGCAUCUGGAGCGGGAGAUUGGGGUGACCAACCUGAAGCCUGGCCAUGUCAGGGUCUAUGACUACUACCAUCCAGAGGAGCAGGCCCUGGCUGAUUAUAAUGUCUUCUGCAUCUGA